GACAGUUUCUUCCCAGCAGUACUACGGAAUGUGUAUUCGCUUCUUCUCGGAGAUUAAUUCUAAAAUUAUCCUUGUGGAGACCGUUUUACUGCCAUUAAAGGAAUUGAAAACAGAAGUGAAAUCAUGUUUUCCCAACCUCAAGCGUGACUUCUUUUGCAGGAGCGACAUAGCUCGGCUGUCGAUUGCUUUAACAACAGUUUGUUCUCAAUAAAUGGGGAAGAGCGAACAGAAUGAGAUGAUAGGAUCCAGUGGUGUUCAUCUCCAUGUAAUGCAUUCAACGUCCUGAGCUUUUUCACACAAUAUGUGAGAGGCAGAGAAGCAAAGAAGGAAACCUCUGACGUUCUCUCCGAGGGAUAAAGGUUUCGUCUCUGAAGGCGCCAUUUGCUGAGUGGAGCUUUGCAGUCGACCAUUUAUUCAUUACUCUACAACGUCCGUCGCGCUUCGAAGCUCAGACCGGAUGGACGUCCAAUUGUUAUCGCAUUACCUGGUGUUACACCUCUUGCUACUUGUAGUCGUACGUCUUCAGGACCACCGAGUUCGUGCGUAUCCUGACUUUCCAAGUCCUCUGCCACCAACAACUACGUUCGUGGGUCCCGCCGAAGACAAGACAGUAUUCCCACCUUUGCUCACAACGUUUACUGUCAAAAACAACACAGAGCACCGGUCUCAAGUUGGAACAACGGCUGUUCUUCACUGUGCUGCUGAUAAUGUCGGAGAAAGCACGGUUUCUUGGAUUCGCCGGAGGGACUACCACCUUCUGACGGUCGGGGCGCAGUCGUACAGCAGCGACGAGCGAUUUCAAGUCCGUUACGUUAAGGAUGAAAGCGAUUGGCAGCUGCACAUAAGGUAUGUGCAAGUGAGGGACGAUGGCGUCUACGAGUGCCAGAUCUCUUCGCAUCCUCCCAUUAGUCUGUUUGCAACCCUCCACGUUCUGGAGGCAACCAGUGAAAUUCUUGGCGGACCAGAGAAGUACAUGACGACAGGAAGCUCUUUAAGGCUCGUCUGCGUCCUGAGAGAUAAUACGCAGCCUCCGGCCUACGUCUUUUGGUAUCACGACGACCAGAUGAUCAACUACCACAAGACGAGAGAGGUCAAAGUGGAGAACGAUGGAGGACUAAGCGUUCUCUUCUUGAGUGAGGUCAGAGCAGCUGAUUCGGGUAAUUAUACCUGUGCCCCAUCAAAUGCUCACCCGGCCCACAUUAUCAUUCAUGUGCUCAAAGGAGGGGAGACGCCAGCUGCAAUUCACUCCGGUACCACAUACAGAGGGAUUCCUUCAGUUUACCUUGCGUGGAUAACGUGUGCUUUAUUACAUUUGGCUCAUAUUUGCAGCCUCUUCAGACUUCCUCAGAACUCAUCACGAUGCCAUCAGAAGGGGCCAGCCGUUACUUAAGGGGUCGUCACUCUCCAUCUUGCCCAUGACCGACGGCCAUCUUGUUUCUGCAAACGCCAGGACUAAAUAACUGAUUUUUUCUCGAGCUCAAAAACAUUUUCUUCGGGAACAUGGUUCGAGUUCCGUGUUGUGCUGUUUAAACCCUCAUUUUGUGGUCCUGGAGGCAUCCAAGUGGUGGACCAUCUGUGAUCAUAUUAUUUAAUGUACUACAGCAUAGGUGACAUAGCUACGUAGUGACGCAGUCUCUUCGGAUGAAGAGAAAAGCCCCAUUUAUUCAUAAAACAAUUUUCUUGAAGAUAGGAAAACCUCUCUGCGAGUCUAUGAAGGACCAUAUCCCCUUAUGCGGGCCGGCCAUGGAUAUUUUCUGCUGUCCCUCCUGAGAAAUCUCGCAGAGGAAAGGUUUCCAUUCAGAAAAGAGAAGAGAAGUGAGAUGAAAAUCCCUUAUGAAAAACAUGAUGGAAUCAGCGAGCAUUUUCCUCCCUUUUUCACACUGAAGCAGACUCGUGAAUCAGUUGCAUUGUAAGUCUAAGGAAACUCCUCCACACACUGAGUAGCUCUCCCUUUUUAGAUGCUAAAUUUCUAUUCCUCUUUAACUAUGACUUCCUGAAGAUAUUUGAGCAUCUACUAAAAUAUCGGUACGGAACAUUUUAAUGUUAAUAUGAAAGAACCAUCGGGCAUGGACUGUCGAAACCUUGCAACCACCUGUAAACAGAAUUGCUAACAGUUAAGAACUACUUACUAUGGAUACUAUGCAUUGUUCCUAUAUAAGAAUCUGAAUAACAAAAUGAAGUGAAAAAUACUAUAAUAGGCCUUUAGGCAUUUCAUAGGUAGUCGACUCUUUUUACAUCAUCCACCUCACACGCAUUUUCAAGGAAUCUGUUUAUGUCUUGGUCAUUGGCUCAUUUAGACACUUAUCUCACUUGUCUGUGAUUAGAUGAGGUGUUAUUCAUUUUGUUUUUCAUUUAUAUAAUAUAAUAUAAUAUAAUGCAGUUAAUGACAACUAUCUAACCAUUUAUCCUCU